AUAUACUUACAGUUUGAAAGUUUUGCUUUUAUUUCGUCUCUUGGAUUUAAGUCCCAGGAAUGAAUAAAUAUUCAUCGUUUUUAAUGAAAGUUAGUGAUAUAAACUAAAGGAAAUUCUCAAAAUUACUUAGAAAACGUAUAACUAAUUAUGAUAUCCAAUCUAGAAGUGAAAAAGGAACGCCCGGAUGAGGCUGAAAUACGAGAAAUGGCUGCUAAAAUGUCUGAACAACAUAAGCAGCAAAUGGCGAAAAUUCAACAAUCCACUCAAAGAAAUACACAGGCACCAAGUCCUGUUCUACCUCCUGGUGGCCAGACUAAUAUAUUGAGUUACCUAACAAGGAGUCAAAAGCAAAAUUUACUUGAACAGCAACAUCCAAGUAGUAGUAAAUCUUGUGACACAAAUGAGAUUGUUGACGAUAAGAAAGACGAGGAAAGUCAAAAAGGACAUUUUGGAUGGACUUCAUUUCAAAACAACAACAAAGUUUUUAUUCCUUACAUAUUUCGCCAGUCAGAAAAGUAUUGUGCUGUCAGAAUGGUUGAAAGUAAACUACUAAAUAAGUUUUUAAACAGUCUUCAUCAGGAUAUUUAUAGCUGUACAUGUGUGAGAAGCUAUUAUAUCACAGAAAUUGAAAGUCGUUUACUCAAUGAAAUUAAUCAAAAGCACUGUGAUUUGCAAUUUGGAAGAGACCCCUUUACUGUCAAAGAUCUCGUGGUGCGGUUGAAUGAUGCAACAAAAUUCCACGAAUUCUUAGACGUUUGUCAUCGAAAGCUUUUGAUGGGUAGCCAUACUGCGAAUGAAAAGUGUGGCUUUAUCAGAAUAAAUAAGGAAUCAGUAGUCCCAUAUACAAUUCGCGAAGAUCAAAAAAUGGUACCUCUUUUUUACUUUGAAGGAGAGACAGACAACUUGAAACAGAAGGCUGACUAUUUGUCCGGUUGGGAUUUAUCUUACUUGAAAUUUUGUUGUAAAGUGCAGGGAAUAAGAAAUGAGUUGUUUGCAAGUGAUUCAGUAGCAGUCAUUAGUUUAACAGAUAUUAAGGGAUAUUUUCCUCCCGGAACGGAGUUUGAAGAUUAUUGGCCAAGCAAAGUUGUAGAUACUCAGUUAUUACUUGGUUCAAAAACUCCGUCCAAUAUUAUUCACUGGACUAGACAACCUGCACAGCCACCACCAAAAGUAAUUCCAUCACAAUCUAAAGCAAACGUUACUAAUCAGCGAAAAAACGUCCAAAUAUGUCAUCAAAACUCAAACCCACUUACUCGAACCGGUCAAACAAUACGAAAUUCAGUGGACAUAGCAGAAGCAGUUAGAGCCCUAACAAAUGGUUGGACAGAUAUUGAUCCAUUGUUGCGGCAACAAGUAAUAUCUUCUAGAAUGGCUCAGCAGCAAAGGUCACCAUAUAACUCAACAUUACAAAAUAGAAACCAAAUGCAAAACUUACUAUCUACUCCAUAUGGAACAUACAACGCGCAAUCAAAUCAAAUUUCGAGGAAUUCUUCUCAAGCACCGCCACCUUUAGUCAGGACCAACCAAAGCCAAUCAGCUGCUGCUCAUAUGACCCAAAUGGCAGCCGCGAUGUCAUCUCACUCACCUCAACAGCAAAGAAGCCUUAAUUCGAUGACCAAUGGUCGAAACAUCAACAGUGGCUCGAUUAUCUCACAAAGGGCGUCUUCAAAUUCACAACAAAACAAAAAUGAUUAUAGAGUAAUCCCAUAUCCUUCUCAAGGACAAGAAAGUAAUCAAACAGUUACCCAAUAUCAGUCAUACCCAGCAUAUAAAGUUCAAAGAAUCGCUAUACAAUCAGUUACAGUUUCUUGUAUUAAUAUGACAGCCUACAUUCAUCAAGAUUAUUUAAUGCUGUUACCAGAUUUGAAAGACAUAUUUUUUCCUACAUUACAAUCAUUGGAUAUGUGUCGUAAAUUAUUAGCAACAUUGGAUAUACAACUGUAUAAGGGUAACAGAUUACAAUAUCAAGCACUACAAGAAAGUGGGAAGUCUAAUAUUGAUGGUGUGCCUCUUGUUCAAGUUCGAGAUAUUUUGAAAUGUUUACCACAAUUAAAUUACAUGAUUCGUUCUCAUGAACCUCUUGCUAAUAAGAGAGCUAGAAUAAGCUAAGAGUUUGUACCGAUUCUUUAGAGGGUAUAUUCUUAUUUAUUACAAAGCGAGAAAACUAGACAGUGCACCUCGAAUUUACUGAACUGUAAACAAUCAUCGAAAUUUCGUUUUAAAGCAAAUAAAAAAUCAAAUGUAAUUUUGACCGGAAAUGUGUAAAUACAAAAGUUUUAUUUAUAAUGGGUGCAUUCAAGAAUGCUUAUCGAUGGACAUCAAUGAUUUUUUCCAAAAUUUUUUUCAUCGAGCGCGUUCAAGUUAAAAACAAGUUCAAGUAUUGUUCGAUUCAUCGAGAAUCAUCAAAAAUCGUAAAAAUAUAUCAUUAAAGUCAAAAAUAGUAAUCAAAACACACAUUUAUGAUCGAAAAAAAAUAGCAGAAAAAAAUCAUGAUAGAAGCGAUGAGUGAUCUUGAAUGCAUCCAUUGGGUGCAUCAACGCUUCUACCAACCUCCAUCAACUCACCAAUAUCAACGCCUUUAUCAUAAAAACAAGUGAUUUUACAAUUUUCUAAUUUAUUUUGGAAGCCAUCUUAAGAAAUUAUCACGAAACUUAUUUACAUUUAAUAAAAUUUCAAGCAAACAACAUAAAUACUAGGUAUGUUAAAAAAAACUUUACGAUGAUCAGUUUGAUCUUGACAUAACAUUUUCUAAUAGGUCAAUGUAAGAUUUUAAAAAUUAUGAAGUUUUUUUUUAUAAAAAAAUCGAGCAUCAAUA